UUUAGUAAUAGUGCAAUAACAAAAAAUAUCUUGUAAUAUUUUACAAUUUUGUAUUCGUUAUUUUGAUACAAUUUUACACAAAUCUUAUAACUAAGGCAAACAUAGCUUACUUACUGUAAAUUGUAAAACAGUCAAUAAAUAUACUCUUUGAAAUAUGUUAAUGUUAUGAUUAUAUAUACAGUAGAACCUCGAUUAACCGAGCUUCGAUCAACCGAGGUUUCUGUUAACCGAGGCAAGUUUUUUUUUUUUUUUUUUUCCAAACCUUUUUUUUCUCUCUUUUCCACAAUGAGCUUGGAAAAAAUUAUACACAUUUUAGUUCGUUGUCCGUGUUAUCUUUUCACUUCUACCCCUCAGCACACCCGUAUCACUUCUUCCCCUCAAAAGCACUCAACUUCCAAGAAAUAUUACACCCUGAGAAGACAACAUCCAUGAAUGCUUUGUUAACAGUGGUCAUGUGACUCUAUUGAAUACCAGGUGCAAUAUGUUAUCGGACGCUUCUUGUUGGGGGAGGGGAUUGGCGACUCUCACAAUAGGCAUUGUAAGAGUCGCCAAUCCCCUCCGAUAACAUUCUUUUGUUUCCCUUUUCUUUAACGAAUUCCCUAUUUCGUAGUAAACCUUUGCUUAAAUCAUUUCACAUUUGACCAUCGCACUAGUAAGUUGUUCAUAUUUAAAAUGCCAAAUCAAAAAAGAAAGAGAGUUGUUGUUUCGAUGAGUAAAAAGCUUGAGGCUAUUAAAAGAAUUAAUAAUGGUGAGAAUUUGAAAAAAAUUGCUUUGGAAUUUGGAGUUGGUGAAACCACUGUAGGCGAUUGGAGACGUAACAAAGCUCAAAUAGAGGCUUUUUGUUCAAAGAUGGAUUCCUCAAAAGCCUUAGAAGGACGAUCGACAUUAAAGAAAGCAAAAACUGAAAAACUUGAUGAAGCAGUCUAUCUUUGGUUCAAGCAACAACGCGCGCAGGGCAUUCCUAUUUCCGGGAACAUUCUAAAAGAGAAAGCCCUUCUUCUCAGCCAAAAAUUAAACGAAAAUGAAAGUUUUUCUGCAAGUCAAGGUUGGUUAGAUAAAUUUAAAAAGAGACAUGGAAUUCGACAACUGGCGAUUGCAGGUGAAAAGUUGUCUGCCAACAUAGAAUCUGCUAAAGACUUUGUUGAGAGAUUUGAAGAAAUGAUUGAAAAAGAAAAUUUGACAUUAGAUCAAAUUUAUAACGCCGAUGAAACUGGCUUGUUUUACAGAAUGAUGCCAUCGAAAACUUUGGCAUCUAAAGAAGAAGCCAGUGCCCCGGGUUACAAGAAGAGCAAAGAUCGAGUAUCCCUUCUAAUUUGUGCAAAUGCAAGUGGAACUGAUAAAUUACCCCUGCUUCUCAUCGGUAAAUCAAAGAAGCCCCGACCAUUUAAAAAUAUUAAUGUGAAUUCUUUGCCUGCGAAAUACACAAAUCAGAGGUCUGCUUGGAUGAAUUCUGAAAUUUUUGAAAAGUGGUUCUAUCAUGACUUUGUACCGCAUGUAAAGGAACAUUUGGCGCAGCUAAAUCUCUCACCUAAAGCAGUCUUGCUGAUAGACAAUGCUCCUUGUCAUCCGGAAGAAGAAAUGCUCAUUUCAGGAGAAAUACGUGUGAUUUUUCUUCCCCCAAACGUGACUUCGCUAAUACAGCCAAUGGAUCAAGGGGUAAUUGAAACAACGAAGAGACAUUACAAAAAGAAACUCAUCACUCAUAUUCUUGAAUGCGAAGAAAACAUAAAUGAGGCGCUGAAAAGAAUAAAUGUGAAAGACGUGAUCUAUAUGGUUGCCCAGGCAUGGCAAUUAGUGAAUCCAGCAACAAUUCGAAAAUCAUUCAACAAAAUAAUUGUUGAAAAGAGGAGACAGUGUGAAUCCCAGCAGACGGAAAACACACCGACAGACGCGGAACUUCUUGAUACCAUCAAUGGAAUUGAAGGUUGUGAAGAAGUCUUGGAAGAGGACAUUUGCGAGUGGCUGGAUGUUGAAAAUCAGCAUCCAAAUUUUGAAAUUCUCAAUGACGAAGAAAUUAUACAAGCCGUUAAUCCUUCAUUGGACAUUAAUGACACUGAAAAUGAAGACGAGGACUUUGAGGGUUCUACGACUAUAAGUCAUAGUGAAGGUGUUCAAGCAUUGACAACCGCCCUAAAAUAUUUGGAGCAAAGAAACGAUGCUACACCGAUGGAUCUCCUGUUGCUCAAAAAUUGGCGCGAUAGGGCAGCCCAUGAUAGAAAUUCUGGACUUUUGCAACGGAAGGUAACAGACUUUUUUAAAAGAAUGUAAAUUUAACAAAUUUAUGUACAUUAAAUUUUAAAAAUA